AUGAUAGCGACUGCGGACCCUCCUAAAGCUUCAUCGCUCGAUUCCAUUCGUGCCGAGUUGAAUGUGCCUGCGCCCUCAACCCAGACCCUGAGGUUUCUCCGUACAAUCCUAGGUCUCGACGCCCAAGAACCAUGCGAAAUCUCCUGCGACUCAGCGAGAACUCCAGCAGAACCUAAGAAGGCUGCGAAGCCUCGAAACCCUGCGAAAGGUGUAUCCAGACAGGGUCGCAAUGGAAAGCCAACAUUUCGAAUCCAUGAAACCGCUAACCACGAGGUCCCUCGAUUAUCUGCAGUCGAUUGCCGCCGAAUUGCCACGGAAGUCUUCAACCAGACUUUGAAGCAGCUUGGACAAGCAGCUAAAGUCGAAAGAGACGCCUCCAACUCGAAACCGGAAGGCCUUCCACCGCUCCGGCCUUCGCAUGCGGACCGCGCCUUGCAGGAGCGAUCGCCAAACAGGAACAAGAAAAAAGAUGCCAUCAAGUCAGAAGACCGUUCGCCAUGCGCCGAAGUCCCGGACUGGAGAGUGGUGGCAGAAUGUUCCUCCGCUGCAUUGCAUUAUCUGCGGCAAUGUGAUAAUCGGAAGGGGGAAACGUCCCAUGAAACUGGCACGGGAAUGGAGAAUGCAGCUUUGAUAUUGUUGGACAGGACGAUUACACUGAAUCUGCAAGAGCAAGCAAUGGCUCAGCUUUCUGUGAUACACCAAAGAUACUGGGGACACCAAGCCACAAAAUGUCCGACACCAAAGGAGGAGCACCUGUCGAAGUUCCUCCUGGGCAGGCAGGAUGCCAUUGAUCAAAACCAAACAUUUGGCUUCACUGCGUCAAUGCAAAGCCAAGUUCUUCGUUUAGCUAUCUUGUCAGGACCGAACUCAAUCAGCAAGGAAUUCUUGGAGUCACUUAAACUGGAAACCGUGGGAAGUCCCGCUUGGGUGAUUGCGCGAGGUCUUCAAAAAGGAUGGCUUGAUUCUGAAAAGGCAAGCUUGCAACUUCGGACCAUCUCAUUAGCUUUGACCAAGCUGUAUACACUUGCCGUUAAUUCGAGAUCCGAAGCAGCCUCUUCCGUGGACGUCUUCGACCUUGCUUGUGCGGCGUUACGGAUCAAAUUCGAGUCAUGGACACACUCGGGUCACGUCCCAGACCCAGGAAGAGAAGUCUGGCGACAUCUCCACUCUGCUGUCAAAAGGUUAUUCACAAAUGCAACGGAUGUGCAAGCAGCUUCGUUAUCGGUUAUUGAACGCCUCAGGUUAUUCAGAAAGCUGCUCAAUAUUGCCAGCGUCGAUGAUACGAUUCCGCUGGAACUGAUCGAAACUCUUUCGCAAGUGACGCCAAAUAUUCACGACCAAUCAGAAAUGUUGCUGCUGAUGGAAGAACAACUGCCGUGUUGCGAUCCUGUCGCCUUCCUGAUACUGAACUGUCGGAUAACGGGUUUGAGGCUAAGGUGUAUAUCAACGGGCAUGAAGUCGGCGAUAAAACGAACACAAGAUGCAUUCACCAAAAAGCUGGAACUAUCAAAAUCAGACCUCGAACGGGUCAUUCUCCCCGCCGCCCACCUUCGCAAAGUAUCCUGUGAAGCGAUGAUGACCAUUGAGAAACCACCACCGGCAACUAACGAGGACGAGAGUAACGGAGAGCUAAAGCAGGCCAUCAUUGGCCUGAUAUUUGCUUGCUCCGUGUUUUUAUGCAAGCAAAUCCUGUUGGGCCUUUUGCACCCGACUCAAUGCCUCAGUGAGGACAGACAGCAGUCUUUUCUGACUACGCUCAUCAAGAGUAUAGAUGCUAUUCUAUAUGCGGAGAAACAUGCUCUGUUGAGAACACCAGGACUGCAUAUCACCGCAUGCGACGCUCUUCAAUGCUGUUCGUCCACGAUCGAUUCCUGUCGAGCCCGGCUCCCGGAGCUCCUCGCCAACACCUCCACACAAGCCAACUUCAAUCAAUUGCGCGUGCGGCUUUCCCAGAUAUUUUGGCGUCGCUUCUUGAAGGCCGUUGAGGAAAGAAAGGGUCUGCAGGAACAAAUUCAGAUUUUGGAUUCAUCACUCAAAGGUCUCUCCCAACUGCCUGUGACGGACCAGAAAGCCGCCUACUUGGGUUUGAAAUAUGAGAGGCUGGCAGCUUGCUACUUGGAAGUUUCCCACUAUGAGAUGGCGAAAUCGGCGCUCCACCAAGCCAUCAGCUUCAACAUCAGAGACGGGACCCUCAGUGAUGUGGUAGAACUUCUUCUGGCCGGACCCUUCUCACGUGCAUGGUCCAAAUCGGAUUCGAACUGCAAGUCCUUGGCGAGGAACCUGACCACAUACGCUCAAAUAUCACCUUCCCUUUCCACCUCUGAAGGUAAUGAUGAUAUCUUUUAUGAUUGUCGAUCGUUACCGGCGAUACACCGGGCAGCGCUUCUGGAAAAACAGGUUUAUGCCAUGAUGGAAAAGGGUGUGUCCGGCCAUCAAUUGAGUCUUUGGGGAGCGCAGGUGACGGUCGUUUGGGAACUUCUAAACCAACAGGAAUAUCAUGUAUACAGAUUGAGAUUUGUCAACAACCUUCUUCACUUGGCAUUGAGGAGGAGGAUGUCAACCAUCAAUUUCCCAAUUGACUCUCGGCAGGUUCAGACGCUUCUAGCACCCCGCAAGAAGCAACAUGGAACGAUCUUUCUUCAGGAAUACGAACCAGGGCUUCGCUCGUUGCUCAAGUUACAAUCGGGUUUUUUCAUGGGCCUUGUCACCAUGGAAAGUCUGGAAGAAGAGGUUAAGCAUUUGUCUGGAGUAAUUCGAGCAUGUGAGGUGGCGGAAAAUGCUGACAAGCUUCUCGACAACCUGGGGACAUGUGUUGCGACGCUCCAGCUCUCUGCUGACUACGCAUCUGUCUUUGGAACUCCGAGGACUGGUCUCAUGGCUCUGGAGACGAUCCACCACAUUACGGAACUCGGAUUUACGUCUCCCGAGCUAUCAAGAACCAAUAUUCUCAUCCAGGCUGGCAGGCUCCAUAAUCAUCUUCAGGACCUUCGUUCCGCCCAAAUUUACCUCGCGGAGGCUGAGAAGACGUUGGACAGGGACGAGGCGGGCUCUCUUCUCGAGGUGGAAUUCUCGCUGGCGUAUUCCGAGUAUCACUUCAGUGCGGGUGAUUUCCCCCAAUCCUUCGACUGGCUACGUCGUGCCAAGGGUGCGUGGGAAAUGCAGGAGAGACCUCCCGGCGCAUUAUCAAGCAAAGCGCGGUUGAGAGAGCAAACGAUUCUUUGUAGAUCGUUUCACCUGGCAUCCCAAUUAGCCUACCAGCAAGGUCAACUUUUGGCGGCCACCAUGUACGCAAGACAAUCUGUCAAAAUUGUCGCAGGCCUGUGGAUGUCAAUCGACAAGAUAUGGAGCUCUCCGGACCACGCUCUACCGGUGACUUCGCCUGCACCCGAUGUGAACAAUCUGGCCCUCGAGUGGUCCGGGCUUGACCGGUCACUCCAGCAGACACAACGAUUGACGCCGAGUGUAGCUAUCUAUGGGCCGCAGAUCUCACUUUACUGCUCGAUUUUCAGCCAUUUGGCGUUUCUCACUGCGCAUUGCGGUCUUUACCAGGACGCAGUAUACCUCUACGAGCAAGCACUGAAGGUCGCCAGAAAUACCACGCAAACCAUUGCCGCAGCAGGCAUCCUAAGUCAACUAAGUCUCCUACAUGCUCGUGCGGGUCAGUGGGAAAAAGCAAAACAAGGGCUCAACGAAUUGCUGCCGCAGCCGGCUUAUGACAACACACCCCUCAGUUCAGCCAUCAUGGCAAUAGACCAAGCCGAAGUGCAUUGUCUUUUUGGAGACCCGUCAUCCGCUCGUCAACAUCUAGUCAAGGCUUCCCAACGCCUUCUCAGAUACAGCCAGGCGGAGGAGCCCAAAAUUGGUGAGAAGCCGAAAAGCAAGAGGGUGAAGGUGUCCUCGAAAGCUCCGGCGAGGAAACCAACGGUCAAACUGCAGAACAAACAUAUUUCCAUGUCCACUCCAUCAGCAGAUCCCACUUUAGCGUCUUCCGGACUUUCCGUGGAGUUACGACGUGCAAGAGAGAGACUUUCCGCUCUGGAGGUUCAACUCCAACUGCUGGACCAUCAUCAUUCCAACACCAAUGGAGCCGGUUACGCAUUGAAUCUGGAGAGCCGCGUCGAAAGUCCCCGCGGAUCAACAGCGGAAGCCCUGUACUUGGUUCAAUCGGCACUGAAAUUGUUUUCUGAGGAUGCGGUAAGCAAUGUCCUCGCAGAAACGGCAAUAGCGCUUCCUGUGAGAUACAGAUCCACCAGGACGAGCGGCCGGGUGUCUUUUGUACAAGAAGCGGCUCCGCGGGCCACACUGAAUACGAGUACGGGGCGGAACAAGAAAGACCCUGACCACAAGUCAACCAGAAAUUACAAGCACAAGGAAGGAGAAGACCUUCUCCGUAAAGCCCAUCACAUAUUAUGCAGAGUGAAGGAAUCUCCGCAGAGCCGAAUUCCGUGUGAAACAAUGCACGCCUGUCACAAAAUUCUGGUGCAGAUAAGUCUCCUAUCCACCGGAUUGGGAACCCCAUUUGUCUCCUCCUCUUCGGAGCUGGUUCGGGACGCCUUGACUCCCAUGGAUUCAGCACGAAGUCGAGAGCGCAUCAUUACUUCGAGUGAGAUAGCUACCGCCAAAAGAACCAAUGUCCAAGGCUGGCCAGAUUUGGAAAAAUGCAAUGCGGCCCAUCCCGCUGAUUUGAACCUGUUGCUGACUGACGACAUGAGCCUUUUGCCAGCUUCCUGGUCGAUUGUGUCUCUCGGAUUGAGCGAGGACAAGAGCGAGCUUCUUGUCGCGCGAUUGACCCGCGAGAGGUCACCGUUCGUGGUCAGAAUCCCGUUAGCGAGACCGGAUCCGUCUGACGCGGAGAAUGGAGAGCUAGAUUUCGAAAGUGCCAAAGCCGAGAUCCAAGACAUCGUUGCGAAGGCAAAUUCUAGUGCCCAUGAUCCUAGAGGAUGCUCGGCAGACAAGUCCAUCAGGAAAACCUGGUAUGCGGAACGCCAGUCGUUGGACCAGCAAAUGGCAACUCUUCUGGACAACAUUGAGAAUGUCUGGUUUGGAGGAUUCCGAGGACUGAUCCGGGCUUCUGACGUGGACCACGAUGCACGUUUAAAAUUCGGGGAACGCCUCUCGGUCACUCUGAACAGGCACCUUCCGUCCCGUCAAAAGUCAUCCAAGUCUGUGGAUGCCAAAAUUGAACUCCACGCUCACGUCUUGGAGCUCUUUAUGACGCUGGGACAUCCACGAGAAGUCGACCUGGAGGACUCGAUCACGGAUUUGCUGUACUUUGUCGUGGACAUUCUCCAAUUCAAUGGUGAGCGAAAUGCAUAUGACGAGAUCGACUUCGAUGCUGUGAUGGUUGAGGUAUUGGACUCGUUAUAUUUAUACUACGACGAGAGACUGAAUGCACCAAACCCCUCGCACGUGAUCCUGGUAAUGGAUAAAGAAUUGCAGGUGUUCCCGUGGGAAUCAUUGCCGUGCCUGAGGGGUCAAUCAGUGUCGAGGAUGCCUUCGCUAGGAGCUAUAUGGGAAAGAAUUGAUUCAAUCCGAAAACAAAACGGCAACAGUCAAGGUUAUGUGAUCCCUGCGUCGGAUGGUGCGUACCUGCUCAAUCCAUCCUCCGAUUUGACGUCGACGCAAGAAAUUUUUGGCCAAAUAUUUCCAAGCCAGCUUCCCACAUAUGAUGCCAUCGUCAAUCGGCCGCCAGAGGAAAAAGAAUUCGAGACGGCGCUGCGUGACAAGUCUCUAAUGCUCUAUUUUGGCCACGGCGGAGGCGCUCAAUACAUCCGCGGCCGCACAAUUCGCAAGAUGGGCAGAUGCGCCGUAACGUUGCUCAUGGGAUGCAGCAGUGCCAAAAUGACGGAGUGUGGCGUAUAUGAGCCUUAUGGGAUGCCUUGGAACUAUAUCAAUGGAGGCAGCCCGGCCGUGGUGGGAACGUUGUGGGAUGUCACAGACCGAGACAUUGAUCGAUUUGCCUUGCAGCUGAUGGACGAUUGGGGGUUGGUCGACGCAAAAAGUGAUUUAGACACGAAAUCCAACAAAUCAGGCAAAGGUAGGAGUGACAAAGGCGGCAAGGCGCGAAACCCUGCAGGUUAUACACGGAAGCGAGGAGUGGUGGCAUUGGAUCAGGCUGUGGCACAAGCUCGAGAUGCCUGCAUGUUGAAGUAUUUGAACGGCGCAGCGCCGGUGAUGUACGGGAUCCCCGUAUUUUUGGACUAG